UAUUUUCAUCUUUUUUUUAACACGUGCAAAUAUAUUGUCAAAUAUGCUGCAAUUUUCCCGGAAAUUUCUGACUUUUUCCGAGGUUUUUAAGCCCCUAAGUGAAGUCUGUUUAGCAUGCAGGACAAGUCAGGUACUUUGUAGAAGGACUUUCUUGAAAAGAGCGUCAAAAGAAAAGAAAGAAGAAGAUAAGUUGAAAAGAAAGGAAGAAAGGAGAGAAUUGGUUGCUGAGAUCACUAAGGGAUAUUUUUCAGACCUAAGAGAGUUUGGUCAAAGUGGUGGAAAAAGAUUUUUUGCUGCUGAAAAAUUAAUAGAUCAAGAGGAUGCUGUCUCCUUCCCAGAAUUGAAUGCAAGAAACUUACACAAAAGAGAUGUAAAGUUGAAUGAAGAGUUUAAUGAUAGUGUUACGUUGGUGUUAAUGUGGUUACGUGCUAUUGGACAGAACAUGUGUAGUAAAUAUCGAGAGCAUUUCAUGGACAAUUUUCAACAGCAUCCACAUGUGAAAUGCUUCGAGGUUAAUGUUGUUGAUGGAUUAUUUUUCAAGUUGAUGAAACCUUUCAUAGAAAACAGUUUAAAACAGCAAAUAUCACCUGACAAACAGGAUCGUUAUUUAUGUUACUAUGGUAACACAAAGUCAAUAAAAGAUACGUUAAUAGAGAACGAGAUAGUAGGUCACGCAUUUCUUGUAGACAGGGCAGGAAAGGUUAGAUGGAAAGCACAUGGGAGACCAACGCAGGAAGAAAUUGAAUUUAUGAUCAGAUGUACAGAAGAACUGAUGAAGGAAAWUGAAAAGUCUCUCAAUCAAAAAUACCAAAGAUGAGCGAUAGAAUAUGUUAGGUAUUCCACUCUUCUGACAAAAUGAAACAUGUAUGUCUAGAUUUACUCUAUUGCUACAAUUCAUUUUAUUUUACCUAAAAAUAAAUUACAGAUUAUACAUUA